AUGAAAGAAAUUGCCCCUGAAAUUGAUCUUGUCAUUGAAGAGUGCGAACGUGAAUUGAAGCAUGUGACACUGUUAAACAACAUUUUGCAAUCCAAGGCGCGGUUUCAUAUCAUAAACGAGAUAAAAAGGAUAAAGAAGAAAAUAAAAGAUGUCUGCAGAAGUAGAAAGGCAUAUAGUUUAGUUCAACCUCAAUCCCGAGCUGAGUCACUGUGCAGAAAGACACAACCAACUCUCAUUGCUAAAGAAUCCAGAAUGGUCGGGUUUGAUGAAGACGUGGAGAUUUUGAUGGCCCAGUUACUCUCGGAUGAGAAACACCGGGGCAUUUGUUCAAUAGUUGGAGCUAAAGGCACGGGCAAGACCGAACUUGCGAGGUUCAUAUCUAGAAACAAAGUUGUUCUAUCUCAUUUUGAUUGUGUCAUAUGGGUGACUCCAAGUUCUUCAGCUGAACGGCUCAAAAACAAAAUAGCCAAGAAGGCUGCUGAAUUAAUUAUGGGAGGUGAACGCGACACAUGGACAACACAAGACGUACUCACAACCUUGGCGACGAAAAGGUAUCUCAUUGUUGUUGAUGGCAUCCAAACUCUCCAUGUCCUGGAUACCUUGAGGGAGGCCAUACCGGACAGGUUAACAGCAAGCCGAUUUCUUCUUACCACUCGCAAUGCAAUUAUACUACAGAGAGCAGGUACUACUUCCUCCUUUGUUCACCCUUUACGUUUAUUAGACGAUAAAAAUAGUUGGAUUCUGUUUACGAGAAAAUUGAGCGUGGAAAUGAACUCCGAUCCAAAGCUACAAGAAAUUGGGAAAAAACUUGUGGCCACAAGCGGGGGGCUACCACUGGAAAUACUAAAAAUGAACAAACUGCUUCUGCGUAAAAAUGUGGCUGCAGAAGACUCGGCAAAGGUGCUAAAGCAAAACCCAUGGUCUGAAACACUUGACACAGUAAAUACCAACUUACCUUCCUAUCUAAGGAGAUGCUUAUUUUAUUUUGAACUGUUUCCGGCUAAUUUUGAGAUUCCUGUAAGAAGAUUGGUCGCUCUGUGGGUGGCAGAGGGCCUAGUGACUCUUGGGGAAGACCAAGAAUGGCCACCAGAGCUGGUAGCAGAAACGUACUUGACUGAGUUGAUAGAUCUCGACAUGGUUCAAAUUGCCAAGAGAAAACCCAAUGGCAAGGUCAAAACAUGUCGUUUCCCUGAUGAUUUAUAA